AUGCUUUUGCCCUUGUUGUUUCUCUCUCAGUUGCUCGCCGUGGGAUCAGUAGAUCACCACCGAUGCCGAGGAUCUCGAAACAUCAGAUUACUGCCGGAGAGGCAUCUCCAGUUAGCCGCCGGUGCGCCCUUCAAGAUAGCUCUCUUUGCCGACUUGCAUUUUGGAGAGGCCGAGUCUACUGAUUGGGGUCCACUUCAGGACGUAAACUCCAUCAGAGUCAUGAAUCAAGUGCUUCAUGAUGAAACUCCAGGUUUUGUAAUAUAUCUUGGAGAUGUUAUUACGGCUAACAACAUAAUGGUUGAGAAUGCAAGCUUGUAUUGGGAUCAGGCAAUCUCACCAACAAGAAACAGGGGCAUACCGUGGGCAAGUGUGUUUGGGAACCAUGAUGAUGCUCCAUUUGAGUGGCCAAUAGAGUGGUUCUCUUCACCUGGAAUCCCCCCAAUUCGCUGUCCUCAACCUACCACUUCAUAUUCAGCAGAAGAAGAAUGUAGCUUCAAGGGAACUGGACGAGUGGAACUGAUGAAAAAUGAGAUCAAGAACAAUGCCUCCUUUUCUGUGAAUGGUCCUAAGGAGCUUUGGCCUAGUGUAUCCAACUAUGCUCUCCAAGUCUCCUCAUCAGAUGAUAAGAAGUCACCUGUGGCUUUCCUAUAUUUUCUUGAUUCUGGCGGUGGUUCCUAUCCUGAAGUCAUUUCCAGUGGCCAAGCAGAAUGGUUCCAGAAGAAAGCUCAAGACAUGAACCCCGAGUCAAGGGUUCCUGAGAUUAUUUUCUGGCACAUACCAACUAAAGCCUAUAAAGAGGUGGCUCCCAAGUCCACAAUAGCCAAACCUUGCGUGGGUUCUAUCAACAAAGAAGAGGUUGCUGCUCAAGAAACUGAAACGGGUAUCAUGAAACUCCUUGGGGAAAGAACUUCUGUCAAGGCAAUAUUUGUUGGACACAACCACGGAUUGGACUGGUGCUGCCCAUACAAGAGACUAUGGCUGUGCUAUGCCAGGCACACCGGGUAUGGCGGCUAUGGAAAUUGGCCUAGAGGGGCUAGAAUUGUGGAAAUCUCUGAGAAACCCUUCUCUCUUCGAUCUUGGAUAAGGAUGGAGGAUGGCAAUGUUCAUAGUGAAGUUGUCCUGAGCUAGACGUCCUGGCAAUAUCUUGAUAAAAGAGAAAACACACAAAAAUAGAGUAAAUGUUCUUGUGCGUUUGUUGCACUUAUAUUUA